CACGUCCAUGAGAUAAUGACGACCUUCAACUACAUUGCAGCGUAUCAGUGACGACUGCAGUUGUACCUCAAUAUAAAUGUUUAAUCUACCCGCACGACCACCAUCAGUGUCACCCUGUGCCUACGCUACGCAGUUCGUAUCGACUUUCUCAGGUUAAGAUAAUGACGUCCUGUGCGUGGUACCGAGACAUCAGCGAAAACAAUCUCCGAGCCCCCCACAAACUAGACCCCCCGCAAUAUCUGGGCAUAGACGAGCUGUACAAGAAGACAGGUGUCAAGUAUGAGAAGAUCCCAGAUUCCGUGUGCAACGAUAGUGAGGCUCUACAGCGAUUGCCGUCUGAGCGGAAGUACAAGUUCCAUGACUACAUGGAGAUGCAUCGUGACGUAUUGAAGGAUUACGAUAAUAUGAUGAAGGUGUUCUAUGAUGAGCACUUACACGAGGACCCCGAGAUUCGCCUGAUCGUGGCUGGGUCAGGCUUCUUUGAGGUCCGCUCCAUCGAUGACCUGUGGGUGCGCAUCCACGUGCAGAAGGGAGAUCUACUGGACCUUCCACCCGGCAUCUGGCACCGCUUUGUGCUGGACGAUAAGGUGCGUGGUUGUGUGAGUGUGCGGAGGGGCAUCUGCUUUGUGCUGGACGAUAAGGUGGGUGGUUGUGUGAGUGUGCGGAGGGUCAUCUGGCACCGGUUUGUGCUGGACGAUAAGGUGGGUGGGUGUGUGAGUGUGCAGAGGGUCAUCUGCUUUGUGCUGGACGAUAAGGUGGGUGGGUGUGUGAGUGUGCGGAGGGGUAUCUGGCACCGCUUAGUGCUGGACGAUAAGGUGGGUGGUUGUGCGGAGGGGCAUCUGCUUUGUGCUGGACGAUACGGUGGGUGGUUCUGUGAGUGUGCGGAGGGGCAUCUGGCACCGCUUUGUGCUGAACGAUACGGUGGGUGGUUCUGUGAGUGUGCGGAGGGACAUCUGCUUUGUGCGGGACGAUAAGGUGGGUGGUUGUGU